AUUCAUCCUUGUAUCGCUAAGCCUGAACAUGUGUUACAUUCCAAAAAGAUGCAUCUUCGUGGUUCUGGCAUUUUUCGGAAUCCUUAUAAUUUAUGCUGCAAGGAUGAAUUUGAGUGUCGCCAUCGUAGCCAUGGUGGACAGUACGGAAGAAACUCCUAUUAACGCCACAUAUAUCAAUACCGGAUGCCCCAACCUCUGGCGCAAUGAAUCCCAGGAUAGUGUGAAAGAAUUUAAGGGCACAAAAUACAACUGGAACUCAAAAACCCAAGCCUUGAUACUCAGUUCGUUCUAUUAUGGCUAUGUUUUUACUCAGCUUCCUGGGGGAGUUCUCUGUGACAAGCUGGGAGCCAAGCGGUUAUUUGGCGGAGGUGUUCUCGUUACAUCGUCUCUCUAUUUGUUGAUUCCUUUGGCAGCAAGGUGGGGAGUCACAGCUGUUGUGGCAAUAAGAAUUCUGGAAGGAAUAGGGGAGGGUCUUACAUUUCCGGCCGUAGCUCAUGCUAUGAGUAAUUGGUCGCCGAAAUUUGAAAGAAGCCGGGUGUCUACAAUAAUAUUUUUGGGAAUUCCAAUUGGAAGUAUUAUCGGAUCACCAAUAUCCGGAUACCUGAGUAGUACCGACCUAUUUGGGGGCUGGCCAUCGACGUUUUAUUUAUUCGGCUCCAUUGGAUGCGUAUGGUUUCUUUUGUGGUGCCUUUUGGCUUACGAAACUCCAGAGAUUCAUCCCAGUAUUUCCAAAGCAGAGCUUUUACAUAUUCAGCAAAAUAAAAGUGAAAAACUGCAGACGGAUGUUCCCAUUCCAUGGAAAGAUAUAUUUCUGUCGCUUCCCAUGUGGGCUGUCAUCACUGCUCAUUUUGCAAAUGAUUAUGCAUUUCUCAUGCUUCUCACUAUGAUGCCCACUUAUUUCAAGACGGUUCUGCACUUUGAUAUUACAACGAAUGGCCUGCUUUCUGCUUUGCCGCAUGCUGUCCAAGCAAUAAGCGGCUUGCUAACCUCAUAUUGUGCUGAUAAACUGCGAGAGUCCGGCAAACUGAGCAUCACUGCCAUUCGGAAAAUCUACAACUCGAUUGGUUUAUUUGGUCCUGCUCUUUGCUGCUUCGGAAUUAUAGCGGCCGGCUGCCAGGCACAAUUGAUUAUUGCAUUGCUGUGCGUUGGUAUGUUCCUUAACGGGUUAAUAUACUCUGGGUUUAAUGUAACGCAUAUUGACAUGAGUCCUGAUUAUGCAGGUGUUCUUUAUGGUAUUACCAAUAGUAUUGCAAAUACUGCUGGAAUUCUUAGUCCUAUGAUUGUAGGGCUUAUUACAGCGAGUGGGGAAACUGUCGAAAACUGGAAUGAAGUAUUUCUUAUCACAUCUGCAGUUUACAUUGUCUUUGGAUUAUUCUACGCUAUCUUUGCGUCGGCUGAAGUUCAAUCCUGGGGUUUAGCUAGCAGAGAUAUUCAGAAAAAUGACCGAAAAAUAGAUAAAAUAUUUUUUGUAGAGCCAACAAUUUGA